AUGUCAUCCCCUGAGUACUCUGCGUUUUUCGGAGUGAUGGGCGCCUCUUCUGCCAUGGUGUUCAGCGCCUUGGGAGCAGCCUAUGGCACAGCUAAGAGUGGUACAGGGAUUGCUGCCAUGUCUGUGAUGAGGCCAGAGCUCAUCAUGAAGUCAAUCAUCCCUGUAGUCAUGGCGGGUAUCAUAGCCAUCUAUGGUCUGGUAGUAGCAGUGCUGAUUGCCAACGGCAUCACUCCUGACCUUAAGCUCCACAAGAGUUUCCUUCAGCUGGGAGCCGGUCUGAGCGUCGGGCUGAGCGGACUGGCAGCGGGCUUUGCCAUUGGCAUUGUGGGAGACGCAGGUGUGAGGGGCACCGCUCAACAGCCACGGCUCUUCGUGGGCAUGAUCCUCAUCUUGAUUUUUGCAGAGGUCUUGGGUCUUUAUGGGCUCAUCGUUGCCCUGAUCCUCUCUACAAAAUAAACCACCAGACAGCUUCACUAAAAGAUCUCUCUUAUAUUGCUGCUGGAGGUGAAGUGUAAAAAUGGGGAGGGGGGGAAAACUUGUAUAAAUUUCUGCCAGAUUUGAAAUGAAAAAAUGAAGGUAGGGGGGAAAUGAAGUAAAAUGCUCCAUAAAUAUGGUCUUAUCUCAUUGUAUACAGUUGUCCCAAUUUGACAGUAUACUUGUAAAUGCACAUUGUAGUGAUUUGUCAGUCUUAUGUGCGUGUGUUUCAAACAGUUUGUGUGAUCACAUCCCCCUCCACUUAUUCCAGGCCUUGAGGCCAGCUGAAGGAGCUUGACCUCUGGUGUUACAGCUUGACCAAAGGGCCACAAGAUACCGGCUCCCAUGUAUAUUUGGGAGUCUGACAACUUCUGCAUUAAUCUUGAGGAUCUCGUAAAGAUGUGUAUGGACUCAUUCGUUUGGUUUCCAGUGACUUUUUUUUUUAUUUAUAUCAAAUUGUUCAAUGAGCAGCAAAUCUUUUAAUUCCCAGAAUAUAUUAUACAGAGAAAUGAAUAUCUAACUAGAUUUGAUGCCCUGUGGGUUACCUGUGAUACAUGGUUGGAAUUCCUUCUGGUGUAAUUGUUGGUUUAAUAAUUGAGAUUGCCUGUAGUGUGUCACUGAUGGAGUGGGAGUUGUCGCUGUAUUCUAAUGACACUUUUUCAAACUUGUUUUCUUGUUGUAGUGCUGUUUGCAUUAAAGGUGUGUGUGUGUGCCCAGUGUUGGGUCUCACAGGUGUAAUUCCAUCUCCUUCCUCUCACCCAUGACUGUAAUUCAUCUGACCGUUCCCAUCCUGCAUGGAUUUCAAUGUUUUGUUCCUCUAUGAUACUGAGCAGGUUUCAGAAAUAAUUCAGAGCUAGUUGUUGUCUUCCUCUCAAAUAUUUAAAUUAAGUGGAAUUGUUAAUUUUGGAUUCUUUCAAAAGAGAAACUUAAAUUUGUCUUGUGUGCUGCUGAUGCAUUUAUUGCAGCGCCAAACCCACACCUCUGUACAAUCACUGAUGUAUAGACUUAAAUAUUUUCACAAAUUAAAGAUUCAAACCUGGAUCUGAGUGACUUCCCACUUGUCAACGCAGUGUAGUUUUGUGUUGGUGUAACUCAAUGGAAUGAAAUUUUUGUCCCUAAAUACACUGAACCUUAGGGCUAACUGACUUGUUUGUGUUGGGUGAGAAGCACUCGUGCAGGAGAAACACCUCAGUUGCAUGUAGUGACUUUAAUAACAUUAAAGUUAAAAAACUAUGUACAAUCGGUUCAGCAUAUUUAGUUGCAUUGCAACAGUUUUUUUUUGUUUUUUUUCUCCUCAAGUUGCCUGGAGGCUGGUGAGUAGAGCCUGAGAGAUGCUGCUGAUGGCACUGAAGGUGGCACUCUCAGGGAAUGACUCCAUGAAGUCUUUACCCUCUUCUAGGCAGGUGCCAAGUAGAGGGUCCAACGGCACCGAACCUGGAUAUAGAAACACUGAUUUAAUUCAGCUUCAUCAGCAGCAAAGUGAUUUGGAGCCACACAAGAGGCAGAGAAACACUGAUGUGAAAUAGCAACUAAUAUGCAGUUUUUUUUCCCCUUCCCCUCCCCAAAGCAAAAAAAGAGCAUUUAAGUCACGCAACACUAAUCAAGUUUCUCAAACCGAGCCAAACGGACUGAGCUGAUUGAUUUACACAAUCACCAAGUGAAACUAGCUUGAUGGUUGAGUCAUAGCAGUACUGGAGUUCCUGUUGAUUUUGGGAACAAAGUUAAAAAGCCUUGUUUAAUAUGGUGGCUGACUGAUAUGAAUUCAGUAUGACAUCUUGUGUUCAAAAAGGAGCACUGCAGGUCAGCUGAUCUUACCAAGGAAGACUGAUCCAGUCAGAUUGGCUAACUCUUCUCCACCACCCUUUGAGAAAAUGUUGCUGCAUUCCUA